AAAGAAAAAUAUCUUCCAUUUGAACAAAAAAAAAAAAAAUAUCUUCUUUGAUUCUCUCUCUCUUAAAAAUCUCUAUUAUUAUUCUUUUGCUAUAUCCAAGUCAUUUUUUUCCAUCGUCUCUUUUGCUGGAUUGUUCUUCAUCAAGCUUUGAAUUUCAGUCUUGUUUGUUUUAAAGCAAAUGGCAACUCCAGCUAGGAAGAGACUCAUGUGGGACUUCAAGAGACUGCAGAAAGAUCCUCCCUUGGGGAUCAGUGGAUCUCCUCAAGAUAACAACAUCAUGCAUUGGAACGCUCUCAUCUUUGGACCUGAUGACAGUCCAUGGGAUGGAGGUACCUUCAAGUUGUCUCUUCAGUUCACUGAGGACUACCCAAACAAACCACCAGUAGUUCGCUUUGUUUCAAGGAUGUUUCAUCCAAACAUUUAUGCUGAUGGAAGCAUUUGCUUGGAUAUAUUACAAAACCAGUGGAGUCCCAUAUAUGAUGUCUCAGCAAUACUCACAUCUAUUCAGUCUCUGCUUUGUGAUCCAAAUCCUAACUCGCCAGCGAACUCUGAAGCUGCGAGGCUGUUCAGUGAGAACAAACGAGAGUACAACAGGAAAGUUAUGGAGAUUGUGGAGCAGAGCUAUGCAUAAUAAUAAUAUGAUGUAACUAUGUAUUUAUUGACUGUUGAGUAAUAUUUUAUCUUAUUAGUUGAAAACUACAAUCACCAUUAGAACUCAA